CUUCACGGUGAGACUGAAACACCGCUGUAACGCAGCAGAUACUGGGUGCAGAGCACGUGAACCCAGUCAGCGCAAUUUCCAGCGGGAUAAAAUGAAAGCUGUUUAAUAAUUUAAAAUAUUCUCAGUCAGCAGAACAAAAGCGGAUCUGGUGUUGGUACAUAAUGGCAGGAGAAUUAUUUUCAUCACUAAAAGAAGCUCUGAAAUGCUCUGUCUAGAGGUACAUUCUCAGUGAAGAAAAAUACUAUAUAUUUUUUUUGUUUUGGGAUAAAACUGCAGGUGAUUUCUCCCAAAGUACCGGACCUUAUCUAACUUAUAAUGGCUCUGAUUGUCCACCUGAAAACGGUUACAGAUCUCCGAGGAAAGGGGGACCGCAUCGCCAAAGUGGCAUUUCGAGGUCUUUCAUUUUACACACGGGUUUUAGAGAACUGUGAAGAUGAAGCCCGAUUUGAUGAGACUUUCCGAUGGCCCAUUGCCAGUAACAUCGAUGGAAAUGAAAUGCUGGAAAUCCAAGUGUACAACUACAGCAAGGUGUUCACAAACAGGCUCAUUGGGACCUUCCGGAUGGUGCUGCAGAAAGUAGUGGAGGAAGCUCAGCUGGAGGUGUCAGAUACCUUAAUAGAUGACAACAAUACUGCCAUCCGGACAUGUGUUACGAUCGAGAUCAAGUACCAGGCUAUGGACAGGACUGUCGGGGCCUGGAGCGACGGCGAAUUCCUGGAUGGCUCCAACGAGAAUGACGGAGCAUUUCAGUUUGAAACGGACAGCCUGCUCUCGGGACACAGCCAAGGAUCGGGAGUGUCACCUGGGAGGUCCCACCUGAGUAUUCGCUCCUUCAGAAAGAAUGAGGAAGCAGAAGAGUAUUGUAACAGUGAGGAGGAAGGUGACAAUAACAGCCUGAACUCAAGCUACAGUCUUGAAGAAGGGCAGGAAGAGGAGGAUAAGGGUGCUUUUGGAAAAAUGUCUGAGCUCAAGAACAAACUGAAUGAUGGAUACCAGGCAGUAGCAAGUGAAGAGGUGGAUCCUGGACCAAAGGAUAAGAAGGAAAAAAGACAUAGCAUUAUUUCUUUCAGCAAAGGGAAGGACAAGAAUGGGAAGGAAGGCAAAGACAGCAAAGGAAGUAAAGACAGCAAAGACAAAGCAGAGAGAGGAGUGUUUGCAGCCAUGAAGCUCGGGAAGACACGCACCUCAAAGGAAGACCAUAAGAAAGGAGAUGAGCCAGCAGUUCUUGAAACAGAGGACUUGGACAGGAAAGCUAUGCGUCUGGGAGGAGGUCUGGAUCCAGACACAAUUUCACUGGCUUCUGUCACUGCUGUCACCACCAAUGUCUCCAACAAGAGAUCAAAACCAGAUAUUAAAAUGGAGCCAAGCGCAGGAAGACCAAUGGAUUACCAAGUCAGUAUUACUAUUAUUGAAGCAAGACAGCUGGUGGGAUUGAACAUGGACCCUGUUGUUUGUGUGGAGAUUGGAGAGGAGAAGAAGUACACAUCGAUGAAAGAAUCAACAAACUGCCCAUACUACAACGAGUAUUUUGUUUUUGACUUCCACGUGCCUCCUGAUGUAAUGUUUGACAAGAUUUUAAAGCUUUCAGUAAUACAUUCCAAAAACCUGUUGCGUAGUGGCACUUUGGUUGGAAUGUUUAAAUUGGAUGUGGGCACAGUGUAUUCACAGCCUGAACAUCAAUUCUACCACAAGUGGGCCAUCCUUUCUGAUCCUGAUGACAUCACUGCAGGGGUAAAAGGUUAUCUGAAGUGUGAUAUUGCUGUGGUUGGCAAAGGAGACAACAUUAAAACUCCACACAAGGCCAAUGAAACCGAUGAGGAUGAUAUAGAAGGGAACCUCUUGUUGCCUGAGGGCGUUCCUUCUGAACGGCAGUGGGCCCGCUUUUACGUCAAGAUCUACAGAGCUGAGGGGCUUCCAAAGAUGAACACUAGUAUAAUGGCCAAUGUGAAGAAAGCUUUCAUAGGAGAAAACAAAGACUUGGUGGACCCAUAUGUUCAAGUGCUCUUUGCAGGGCAAAAAGGAAAGACUUCAGUUCAGAAGAGCAGCUAUGAACCAAUCUGGAAUGAACAAAUCAUUUUCACAGAAAUGUUCCCACCUCUUUGUAAGCGGAUGAAACUCCAGAUACGAGAUUCGGACAAAGUUAACGAUGUAGCCAUAGGAACACAUUUUAUUGAUCUCCGGAAGAUUGCCAAUGAUGGAGAUAAAGGUUUUCUUCCAACCCUUGGCCCUGCCUGGGUGAACAUGUAUGGCUCCACAAGAAACUACACUCUGAUGGAUGAGCACCAAGACCUGAACGAAGGCCUUGGAGAGGGGGUCUCCUUCAGGGCACGCCUGCUCAUCGGCAUUGCCGUGGAGAUCCUGGACACUACUUCCACGGAGAUCAUGAGCUCAACGGAGGUUCAGAUGGAGGGCAUCCAGAAUAUCUCUGAGAAUGCCACGGGAAAGAUUGAAGAGUUUUUCUUGUUUGGAGCAUUCCUGGAAGCAACUAUGAUAGACAGAAAGAUUGGAGACAAACCAAUUAGCUUUGAAGUAACAAUAGGCAAUUAUGGAAACCAGUUAGAUGGUGUGAACAAGCCGACCAUGAGGAAGAAGAAAAAGGACAGUGGUGAGAGUGAUGAGGAAGAGUCAGAGCUUAUUCAGAAUUCCAGUGAGGACGAGACAGAGGAUGAUGGGGACUUGGUAUCCGUCUCCUCUACUCCACCCAUGAAGCCUGUUGUCACUGACAGGAAUUAUUUCCAUUUACCCUAUUUUGAGAAGAAGCCUUGUAUCUAUAUUAAGAGUUGGUGGCAAGACCAAAGAAGAAGACUCUACAAUGCCAACAUAAUGGAUAAAAUUGCAGAUAAAUUGGAGGAGGGCCUAAAUGACGUCCAUGAAAUUAUAAAAACAGAGAAGACAUAUCCAGAGCGUCGACUUCGAGGAGUCUUGGAGGAAUUAAGCAGUGGGUGCAGUCGCUUCGUGACACUCGCAAACAAAGACCAGAACCAGGCUGGGCGAACAAAACUGGAUAGAGAGAGGCUCAAGUCCUGCAUGAGGGAGCUGGAAAAUAUGGGUCAGCAGGCAAAGACUAUCCGAUCCCAAGUGAAGAAGAACACUGUCAAAGACAAGCUAAAAUUGGUGCAGAACUUCCUGCAGAAGUUAAGAUUCCUAGCAGAUGAGCCUCAACACAGCAUUCCAGAUGUCUUCAUCUGGAUGAUGAGUAACAAUAAGCGUAUUGCAUAUGCACGGAUUCCCUCCAAAGACAUCCUGUACUCUAUUGUUGAUGAAGAGAGUGGGAGAGACUGUGGAAAAGUCAAAACUGUCUUCUUAAAGCUUCCUGGGAAGAAAGGAUUUGGUCCUGCUGGCUGGACAGUGCAAGCCAAAAUGGAGAUGUACCUUUGGCUGGGUCUCAACAAACAGCGGAAGGAUUUCCUGAGUGGCCUUCCCAAUGGAUUUGAGGAGAACAAGACAGUGAAAGGCCCUGGACUGCAGUCCUUCCCUCCCAUCAGCCUCACCUACACCAUGAAACAGGUGUUCCAGCUGAGAGUUCACAUGUACCAGGCGCGCAGCCUGUUUGCAGCAGACAGCAGUGGCCUGUCUGACCCCUUCGGAAGAGUCUUCUUCUCUACACACAGUCAGUGCACUGAGGUCUUGAAUGAGACUUUGUGUCCUACCUGGGAUCAGCUGCUGGUGUUUGAUAAUGUAGAGCUGUAUGGUGAGGCCAGCGAAUUGAGGGAUGAUCCUCCCAUCAUUGUCAUUGAGAUCUAUGACCAGGACACUGUGGGCAAAGCUGAAUUCAUAGGUAGGACUUUUGCCAAGCCAAUGACAAAAAUGUCCGACGAGCACUACGGUCCUCCACGCUUCCCCCCUCAACUGGAGUACUACCAGAUUUACCGUGGAAACUUCACUGCAGGGGACCUGCUCGCAGCCUUCGAGCUCCUGCAGGUUCCUUAUGACGAAGAGGAGAUUAGAAGAGCUUUACUGGCUGUCAAUGAUUUUGCUGUGCCUCAGAUUAAGAUUGGCCCAGCUGGGAAAGCCGACCUGCCUCCCAUCGAGGGCCCAACAGAUUCCGAUCGAGGUCCCAUCAUGCCUGUUCCCUUAGGCAUCCGACCUGUCUUGAGCAAAUACAGGAUUGAGGUGUUGUUCUGGGGCCUGAGAGACCUGAAGAGGGUGAACUUGGCCCAGGUGGACAGACCCCGAGUUGACAUUGAGUGUGCAGGGAAAGGAGUCCAGUCAGCACUCAUUCAAAACUACAAGAAAAACCCCAAUUUCAGCACUCUUGUCAAGUGGUUUGAAGUUGAUCUACCAGAAAACGAGCUGCUCCAUCCCCCCCUGAACAUCCGAGUUGUGGAUUGCAGAGCCUUUGGACGCUACACCCUGGUGGGAUCUCAUGCAGUCACUUCUCUCCGCAAAUUCAUUUACAGGGCCCCAGACAAGAAUGCCAACAACUGGGCCACAGCAGCUAAACUGAUGAAUGGCUACAUGGCUCUGACAAAUGGGAGCCCCUACUCUCGCCCCACAGGUGAAAUAAUAGUCAACAUGGAGCCAGAGCCCCCCGUCAAGAAGAUGGAAACUGUGGUCAAGCUGGAUGCUACUUCUGAUGCUGUUGUUAAAGUUGAUGUGAGUGAAGAAGAGAAGGAGAAGAAGAAAAAGAAAAAGAAAGGAGAAGAAAUUGAGGAGGAAGAACCCGAUGAAAGCAUGCUGGACUGGUGGUCAAAAUAUUUUGCCUCCAUUGAAACCCUGAAAGAACAACUAAGGGCACAGGAGGCAGCAGCUGCAGAAGCUGAGGAAAAGGAAGACAUGGAGAUAGCAGCAGAAAGCACAGAGAUCAAACCUGAUGACUCUCCUGUGAAAGGCUCAAAGGUCAAAGAGAAGGGAAAGGACAAGGUCAAAGCUUCCAAGGAAGACAAGAAGAAGAAGAACCAUCCUGGUGAGGCGAUGGAGAAGAAGAGCAACAAGCAGAAAAUCGAUGAGUUAUACGUAUACAACAAGGAACUGGAAAAUGAGUUUGACAACUUUGAGGACUGGCUACACACCUUCAACCUAUUCAGAGGGAAAAUUGGAGACGAUGAUGAUAGCAUGUCUGAUGAGGACAGGAUUGUUGGGAGAUACAAAGGCUCUCUGUGUGUCUACAAAGUGCCCCUCCCUGAGGACGUUACCAAAGAAGCUGGCUUUGAUCCGAAUAUGGGCAUGUUCCAGAGUAUCCCACACAACGACCCUAUUAAUGUCCUCGUUCGUGUGUAUGUAGUCAGGGCCACAGACCUGCACCCUGCUGAUAUCAAUGGCAAAGCAGAUCCUUACGUUGUCAUUAAACUGGGGAAAACAGAAAUCAAAGACAAAGAGAACUACAUUUCAAAACAACUGAACCCUGUCUUUGGAAAGUCAUUUGAUAUUGAAGCUACAUUCCCAAUGGAAUCCAUGCUGACCGUCGCUGUUUUUGACUGGGAUUUAGUGGGAUCUGAUGAUCUCAUAGGGGAAACCAAGAUUGACCUGGAGAACCGAUACUACAGCAAGCACAGGGCCACUUGUGGCAUCGCUCAGAGCUACUCCCUCCAUGGCUACAACGUGUGGAGAGACCCCAUGAAACCUACUCAGAUUCUGACCAAGCUGUGCAAGGAGGGGAAGGUGGACGGCCCGCACUUUGGGCCCGGAGGAAGAGUCAAAGUGGCAAACCGGGUUUUCAUGGGACCAACUGAAAUAGAGGAUGAAAACGGACUGAAGAAGCAGACAGAUGAGCACUUGGCCUUGACUGUGCUGCACCACUGGGAGGAGAUCCCCCGCCUUGGCUGCAAACUCAUCCCAGAGCACGUGGAGACCAGACCCCUCCUCAACCCUGACAAGCCCGGCAUUGAGCAGGGGCGAAUUGAGAUGUGGGUUGAUAUGUUUCCCAUGGAUAUGCCAGCACCUGGACCUGCCAUUGAUAUCGCUCCAAGAAAGCCAAAGAAAUAUGAGCUCAGGGUGAUAAUUUGGAAUACAGACGAAGUAAUUCUGGAGGACGAUGAUUACUUCACUGGAGAAAAGUCUAGUGACAUUUUUGUACGGGGCUGGCUGAAGGGACAACAGGAAGACAAGCAGGACACUGAUGUGCACUACCACUCACUGACAGGAGAAGGAAACUUCAACUGGCGCUUCGUGUAUCCUUUUGACUACCUGUUAGCAGAAGAGAAGAUUGUAAUAUCUAAGAAGGAGUCCAUGUUCUCCUGGGAUGAGACUGAAUACAAAAUACCAGCGCGGCUCACACUUCAAGUUUGGGAUGCAGACCACUUUUCUGCAGAUGACUUUCUAGGAGCAAUUGAGCUGGACCUAAACCGUUUUCCCCGCGGGGCAAAGACAGCCAAGCAGUGCUCCAUAGACAUGGUGCUGAGUGAGCAGGAGCUGCCCACCAUCUCCAUCUUCAAGCAGAAGAGGGUCAAAGGCUGGUGGCCUUUUGUUGCUCGGGAUGAAAAUGACGAAUUGGAGCUCACGGGGAAAGUUGAGGCAGAGCUGCACCUCCUGACUGCAGAAGAAGCAGAGAAGAGCCCAGCUGGUCUUGGACGUAAUGAGCCUGACCCCCUGGAGAAACCAAACCGGCCAGACACCACUUUCCUCUGGUUCCUCAACCCACUCAAAUCUAUCCGAUACCUCAUCUGCAACCGCUACAAAUGGCUCAUCAUUAAGAUCGUACUGGCCCUGCUGAUGCUGGCCAUGCUCGGCCUCUUCCUCUACAGCAUGCCUGGCUAUAUGGUGAAGAAGCUGCUGGGAGCUUGAGGGGUUUUAGGAGGGCUGGGCAGCACAGCCCUCACUUUCAGACCCACCUGCUUUGGACACUUGCAAUGAAUGGGACCUAACAGUUUUAACAUUUCCACCAUCAAACAAACAGUCUUGUCUAUUUCUGCAAGUGCUCUGUGCUUGACUUAUUUUUCCUGUGCUUGUUUCAAAUAAAAAUUGGUAUCUGCAUUUUUUACAACAGUUAAUGCUGCCGAUUGUCAACAAAAACAAAUGCUUCUGGUACACUUCCUGCAAAAGCCGUGUAUUUUGUGCUUUGAAAUGAAAAGCUUUUUUCUGUAACAACAUCACAUAGUGGGUUUUUUAGAUAUAUUGGGUAUCCAGAGGACUUGUGCAAUGUAGAGGCAGUGCACUCUGUACAGGUGAAAAAACUGCACAGUGGGCACUUUCUUCAACAGCAGCACUAGAUUCUGUGUGGUCUUUCCGUUAGCCUUUGCACUGCUUGUUCCUAUAUUUCAGUAAUUAAAGUACCUUGGGAGAAAAGAGCUGUUAAAAUGUGUUAAUCAAAAUAUUUUGGAAUAAGAGUUGUUUUUUGUGCAUUUAAAUUGGGAAACUCUUUUUAAAGGUUACAUUUUUCCAACUUGUGUUUUAAAACCAAAAAAACUGCUGUGUUUCUUUUUGAAACCUGAGUAUUUAGUACUGUAUACCCUCAUCCAUGUCUCAACUUUAGUUUCUGCUGCUCGUAACUGUGGCAUUUUCUCAUCUCUCUUAAUAUGGCCAGUAUUUUACAUUGUUAGAGCAUCGUUCAAUGGAUUACUAGUAGUUUUAAGAUUUGUAGUAGAUAAUAUACUCCCAAGUCAAUCAUAAAAUACAUAAUAUAUGAUGUAAUAUAAAUAAGUGCACUAGACAAUAUUAAAAUAAGCAUGUCGAUGUAUUUACAGAAUGAGCCUCACACAUAAGUAGAUAUUAGGGCAAGAUAAAUGCAAAGUAAAGGUUAAAGGCUUUGCAUAGGUGUAAAUUCUAGAUUUCAGUGUUCAGACAUUGUUGUAUGCAGUUUGCACUUUAUUCUCAUAACCACUUUGUUCCAAAAUCAUGACCAAAGCCAAUGCUUGCCUUUCUGAAGAAAGUACAAUCCAUAUCCACUCACUCACGUGGCACAUGACAUUGAUAAAUGUAGUUCAGUAUGUUACCUAACUUCUUAAAGCACAAAACCAUUUAAGAAUGGAUGUGAAAUGGACCAAGGGGAGCAUCAUUUCCCUUGAAAUGAACAUGGGCAGAGAAAGGAGACACAGCAGUGUGACUUCCCCCUGGUUUGCUGUGUGCACUUCUUUUGACAGUGUGCUCUUGUUUGAAUUGUAGCUAUGUACGAUUUGUAUUGUUUUCAAUUGGUUUACCAGCUCAUUGCAUUGACUACAAAAAAAACUUUGUUUGCACUGAUUUUAGCUUGUUUAUAUUGGGAAAAAAAGAGUCUGUAUUUAUAUAUUUCUCUGGUCUACAGUGUGCAAUAUUUUUGUUUGCCUGUAUUACA